UCACGGUGACGGUUGUACCUCCUUUAAAUUUUCUGCGGACCCAUUUCUAUCCUGCCACCGUCGCAACACGUGAUCGUGCCCAAAAAUAUGGACCAAGCGAACAUAACGAUGUCGGAGUCCGACAUCAUGUAUCCAGUGCUUCUCAUCCCGAAGAAGUGUACCACGUUGGAAACGAGCUGUGAGGUGACCGAUAACGUAUUUAUCGACUUGAACAUCACGUCGCAAGACACGGAAGGUAACGAAAUGUGUAUCUACACCGGUUUUUGUAACGUGAAACUUAUAGAUAGUUAUGAUGUUAACGUUCAUCAUGUUGAAUCUCCAACGGAAGAUUCGGGAUUCGAACAUGAUCAGCUUGCGCAGAUUGAAUCGGGAAAUCAGAUAACGUAUCCGUACAAUCAGUCCCAGGUAUGGAUCGACCCGGUGAGAAGCCCGUACGUAUACAACCAGUAUGACGCAACCGAGACUCAGGAGUACUCCGUGUGUCGCCAGACAAGGUCUGGGCAUAUAACCGUCGAACAACGUAACACGUACAUCACUCAGAACGUGUACAAUUACAAGGAAUCCAUACACUACUCGCCGGUCGAGGAUUUUGAGCAUAAGAAGUUCAGGAAGAUUCCGGCGGAGAACGUCCAGCCGAGUACUUCUGAUGCAGGCAAUUUGAAUUUGUAUGAGGAGGAUGAGUUUGAGUGCGGGGUGUUCCUCUCUCACUUGCCUGAGGAGAUAAUGAAUGAGAAGGAGACUAAGGCGAGGGAGGAGCGCAAAUACAUCGGGAUUCAGAGCGAGAACGGGGCUCUGAAACAGCUGAUGUCGUCGGAUAUCCAGUCGGUGUCGAAGCAGCGGAAGACCAUCUUGUUCCUGGGCCACGACUCGCACUGUGGACAGACGAUUCAGAAGAUAGCAGUUAAUGACCCGACCCUGGUCUGUUCUGGGACUGGGGAGGUCGAUCAUGAAGUUGUUAUUGAUAAUGUGAAUCCCCACCAGAAGAAAUAUCAGUGCGACAAGUGCAAGCAGAUAUUUGACCAGAUAUCUGCUUUCAAGCAGCACAUGGUGGGCAGCCACAGAACGCCCAGGUCAACCUCCCUCGACGUGGACUCGUCCAGUCCUGGCAGCGAAGUGAAGUUCAUGUGCAGUGAAUGUGGCAAGAGUCUGAAGAACCAAGAGAAGUUCGAACUCCACUGCAUGGGCCAUGGGGACCCUGAACUAGAGUGCAACAAGUGUCACAAAGUCUUCGCGUCAAAGUUCACCCUUCGCACUCAUAGGAAAAUCCAUUCCCGAAAGCACGCUUGCCAGCACUGCAGCAAAACCUAUGCUGAUAUCGAGGACUUGAGGUCCCAUUGCGCUAAGGUUCACUAUAUCUUCAUGUGCGUCUACUGCGAUUUUGUCGCCAAUAAGUUGACCAAUCUGAAAAUGCACGAAGAAAUGCAUAAAAAUCAGCAGUUCACUAAAGAAGAGAGCGACGAUGAUUUCACUGAGUCCCUGAUAGAUGAGGUCAUCAGUGACACUGACAUCAUGGCGCCUUCUCCAGGGGACGAUGAAGACUUCAAAAUUGAAAGCGACAUACUAGACGAGUGCACGAAUGACGAAAUACAAAAGGCUGAUUCUGUUAUUGCGAAAGUUAUGUCCAAUAAGAUUUUUUUGUUGCACGCCAAAAAAGCCAAGAGACACAGGAGAUACAAUAAGGCCUGCGACGUCUGCCUGAAAGUAUUCGACCGCGUCGGCGACCUGAAGAGGCACCUAAUCGAGCACAUCAUCCGCAGCACCCUCGCCAAGACCCCCGUCAGCAGAAACGGCACCCUCAACAUCCAGUGCGAAGUCUGCCAGGUCGAGACCUUCACCAAAGUCGACAGGUACAAAGCACACCUCCGCGAACACGCAAAACUCACCCUCUACAAAUGCACAUUCUGCGACAAAUCCUUCAGCGACUCCUCGAACUUCUCCAAACACAAAAAAAUACACGGCACCAAAUACCUCCAGUGCGAUCUGUGCCACAGGAAAUUCAACUCUAAAAAGAUGAUCACACUGCACAUGGAGUACCACAAUAAAAAUGCUCCCGUCACGUGCCAAUACUGUGAUAAGGUGUUCUACUUUGAGUCUAUGCUGAAUAAACACAUAAAAUGUGCUCACACUAAACAGCUGUCGAAUAGGUUCCGGUGCAGGUUCUGUCACGAUUACUUCAAGACUCUGAAAGAGAAGUGGGACCACGAAUGGACUGUCCACAACGUUAGAAAAAUUAUAGUGGACUGUCUAAUUUGUGGGUCCAAGUUUCGGAAAUAUUCUGAGCUGAAAAAACAUUGCAUCAAUGUCCAUAAUAUGGCAAUACCUCCCGCCAAGAAACUCUUGAGGAAGAAAAGAUACAAGUAAACCUUUUUGUAAGUUUUCAUUUCAUUUUAUAUGUGUUUUGUUUUACAAGAUUUUAUAUUAAUAUUUACAAAAUCACAAGUAAGGAAAUCAAAAAUCACAGGAACAGAAAAUGUGACAUUCGGUUUCAUAAUAUUUUUAAAAUAGAUAAAUUUACGAUCUUUUAGUAAUGAAUGAGUUUAAAAAGUUCCUAAAAAUUUUGGUUUUACAAGAAUUUAUACUUUUCUUAAUUGUUUUCUUUUGUUUUGUUUUUCUGAGAUCUUUAAUUGUUGUUUUGUUUUUUUAUCAUUUGUUUUUAUAGAUGACGAGAAAGUUUCUUUUAUAUUGUGUUAACAUUAAUUCCAAUCAUGCACUGUAAGUGUGAAAAUAUUACAUGAAAUCAUGAUUAGUGAUUAUAAAAAUCAUGGCGUUAUGAAAAAUCUAAAGUAGGUAGGUAUCUGUGCAUAAUAACGUUACGAUCAUAAAUACUUAUUGUUAUGUAAAAUUAAAUUUUGCAUAAACUAAGUAACAGUAAAAAUAUAAUGCAGAAUUGUUGAUAAUCAACUUAAUUACCUACCGUGUAUUUAUUAAUACGAUCUAAAGCUGGCUUUGUGUUA